AUGCAUGAAACUGUGGAAAAAGCUUGGAUUGUAGACAGUAAAACGGUAACAAUAGCAGAUACAGAUUAUAGCAGGCUAAUCGAAUCAGACGACGAUGUUAUGAAUGGAAGUCUUGAUGCCAUCAUCACCUCCUCCUCUCUCAUUUCUUCCAUCUCUGCUAGUCGUAUCUCCACCGUGGAUGUGUUGGUGCUUGGAUUUGCAAACCUUGUGGCAGAUGGAAUAUCGAUGGGGUUUGGAGAUUUUACAUCUAGCAACAGUGAAAAGGAAGUGGCCUCUAAACAAAGAGCGGUAACUGAAUGGGAUGUCGGUAAUCGGAAUGGCCCCGAGCUAAUGGAGUUGCUCCAAAAGUAUCAAGAACUCGGGAUGGACGUUGAUGAUGCCGCCACGGUUGUGAGCAUUUUUGCAAAAUACAAUAACAUCUUGGUGCGGGAGAAGAUGGUGGCUCAAGGAAUGCUGCCGCCCGAUAAAGCAGAAAAGUCGUGGAAGAAUGGCCUUGCCACAUUUCCAGCCUUCCUUGUGUUUGGCAGUGCUCCUCUCCUAUCAUUCAUCGUCCUCAUUCCGUUUACAAACAACGAUUCAGUUAAGUUUGUUGGUGCUUGUGUCCUGUCUGCAAUUGCCCUCGCGCUUCUGGGGAUUACCAAGGCCAAGAUUGCAGGCCAGAACUAUGCAUUCUCUGUGGCGAUUACUCUCUUCAAUGGCGCCAUUGCUGCAGCCGCUCCGUAUGCAGUAGGGUGGACACUUAAGAAUGUAGCUGGCCUAGAGGCCUGA